GUUCUUUCGGUUUGGUUGGUUCAAUGACUUUGGUUGCGUUUCUUCCUUCCUUUUUGUUUGUUGUUGUUUUCAUUUGAAGAUUUCUCUGUUUGUUUGGUUCAUAUUGAAUUUGAUGCCAAUUUAUUAUUUAAAUAAAAAAACAUUAUUAUGGCCGCGAAAAGUUUUCAUCGUGGAAAGUACUACGUGACUUUUAAACGUGGUUUUGAAGAUUAUAAGAGGGACAUAACUGUUAAUGUGGACAAACUUUUUGAAGUAGAUAGUUUGAGAAUAUCACUAUCAGAUGAAGAAGAUCCAAGUUUUUUAUGCGUAUUACUUAUAACACGCCUUGAUUAUGAGGACUUAAAAAAGCAACAAGGUCUUCUCAUAGAUUUUGACAACUUUCCGUCUCAACUGGUACGUCUGUUUCAACAGUGUGCAUCAAACACUAUGUUUAUGAUUAUGCAGCAGUCAAAUCCAGUACAGUAUAAUUUUGAAAUCAUUGAACAUAAUGAGUUCAAGCGUCUGGUACACUUGUCCUUGCGCACUGGUCCAGCCACUGAUGCAGACAUAAAACAAUAUAUGGCCGAAACUAUUAUUAAUUUAAAAAAAUCAUUGUCAUCAUUGAAAAAUUCAGCCUCAAGUACUGAUAUAAUGUGGAGUGAUAAAUGUGCCAAUUUGGAGCGCAAAGUACAUGACUUGACCCUAACAAUCAGUAAAAUGGAAGAGGAUAAACUUAGAAGAGAAGUGGAGUUCCAAGAAUCAAUGAAGCAAGAGAAAGACAGAUUAAAUCAGGAAAGGAUACAGUGGCAAAAAAGUUUAGAUGUGACUUCAAAAGCACAGCUUGCAAGUUUUCAGGAAAAUGUUAACAGGAAAGAAAAACAGAUUGAUGAAUUAAAUGCAAUGUGUAAACAGAUGAAAGAUAACAUAUCCCAGUUAGAAAGUUUGUUGAGAGACAAAACUCAUCGUUUAAAUGUAUUGGAAAAUGAAGUUCAAAAGGCGCACAUUGAGGUAGCAACAUUGAAAGCCAAGCAUUCUACUGUUGAAAGGGACAUUCUUGAAAAAGAAAAACAGUACAACCAACUCAGUUCCAGAUGCACUUACUUAGACCAGUUAACAAAAGAUAAUAUGGAAACUAUCAAAGAGCUGAAUAAAUCUUUACAAACCUUGAAGAAGGAAAAGGCUGGCUUAGAAGAAAGGUUAGCGUUCAGUGAAUCUCUCGCAAACAAGAACAACGAAGCUGCACAUUCGACGUCUGAGCAACUUCUAAAAGCCAAUCAAAUUAUUGCCAAACAGAAUUCGGAUCUCAUUGAAUUGAAGGAAAAGUUGCUAUGUCGAACUGCAAUAGCUCUAGAACAAGAAAAGGUUAUAGAAAGUAACACUAAAGAUAUAGAAAAUUAUAGAUCUGAAAUGAAUAGUUUGAAAGCAAAUGUUGAGAAGGCGAAUGAAGAGUUGGCGAAAAUCAAACAGAUUAAUGAGUGUAAUGAGCAAGCACUUAAGGACCGUGAUGAGACUAUCAAAAACAAUAAUAUGGUUAUUCAGUGGUUACACAAAAAGAUUGAGGGCUAUGAUGGACCAGUAAAGAUCCAAAGUAAACAGAAGUCUGAGAUUCAAAGCGCUCACGCCUCGACGCCAUAUUUCCUCCCGAGAAGUCACUCCGACUCAUCUCGUGCUGUGUCCGACGAAUCUAUCAACUUUUACGCCACUUCAAAACUAUCCACUAUAGAAGACAGUCCUAGCUAUCAAAGACGAGAUGCAAAUAACAAGGUGGGACUAGAUCCUAAAUAUUUGAAGCCUGCUGCUGAUAAAGUCAACGAAGAAGCUGGAGAAAAUAAAGCUAAUCCGCAAAAUAAGAAUAAAGGGAAAGAAAAUAAAGCCCAAAUAUUGCCGAAAGUAGAUUAUAGAGAAAAAAAAUCGGGACGAUCUACUUAUCGGGCCACUCCUGUUUCAGCUUAUUUUCCAUAAAAGUUUUAAAACAUUAAAACAUAUUUUAAUAUUGGGUCAGAGCAAAUGUAUAUUUUUAAAUUAAAUAAUUAAUGUGUAUAUAAAUAAUAUAUUGAUUUGCGAGGUAUGGAAUAAUGCACAUAUUAUAAUUGUAAUAAACUAUAAUAAUAUAAA